ACCUCCUGAACAAUGAACACUAAAGAAAUUGUAACGGGGAGAAGUUUCAGCUGGUUGCAAUCUGCAGUCCUCACUGCUAGACGCCACUAAAUCCCCCUAAAAUCAUACAAAGUGUUCCUUUAAUAUACAGACCGUAGUCUAAACCUCAUUUUAGUGUGUAUCUUGGUAUGAUAAGUUGUUUUUGUGCGUACCCAUCUUCAGGUUCCCUUGCCAUGUAAGCGUAAUGAUGAUUAGGCAUUGUCUCUGUGUUAGUCUAAGUCGGGGGAAAAAGAGGAAAGAGGCUCUGAAAAGAGGGAAGAAGUUGAAAGACGAGUGCAAAAAUAGUUAACAGAGUGUAAACCACUCUCAAGGGAGAGACAGACAGAGUGUGCAUUUGUAUGUGUGUGCGAGAGAGAGAGACCGUGUGUGUGCGCGUGUGUGUGUGUGAGGUCUGCGCAGGGAGACGGAGCUUGCCGUCUGGAAAACAGCAUCUUUCCCUCCACUCUGCUCCUCCCCUCUUCCCUCUCGGCAUCUCUCCCACGCUCCAGAGCUCAGCCUUCAGCUCCCCAGGAUCCUCCCAAAUUCUCCCGAGCUGAGGUGGGCGUGUGGAGCCUCUGACCCUCUUCGCCCACUCUCUUUCUCUGUCUCUCCCUCUUUGCUGCAGCUUCAGGGGGCUAUGGAUGGACUGCGUUUACCUCCACUUAUCGAGGAGGCUUUGGACUCUACAGAUGACCCGUGCGAUCUGAAAGCAGAGUGCAGCCCCACCAUGGACAACGAGAUAACGGCGAAGGAGAGAGGCGUUCUGGAGGAGAACAACGAGAAGGAGGAGAUGGACCAGGAGAGAGCUCAGGAGGAGGAAGGGGAGGAGGAGAAGAAGCUGAAGGAGGAGGAAGGCGAAGGGGAGGAGAAGAGGAAGAAGGAGCAGGAGCCCCUGACGGAGGAGCAGGAGCUGGAGGAGCUGAGGGCCCAGGUGCUGCAGCUGCUGCUGGAGCUGGACGACGCCAGAGAGACCUCCAACAAACACCAGGAGAGCUUCCACGAGCUGCAAGGUGAGACCCCCAGCCUUGGAAACGAAUGCCGGUGCUAA